AUGAAGGCCACUCUCAUCACCUCUACCCUCCUCGUCCUCGGCGCUACCGCCACUCCCAUCGAGUAUGGCCCACCCAAAGGCGGCUGGGAAUCCAUCCACUACCCGGCACCACCUGGCGGCUGGGAGAACGUCAAGUACCCGCCCGGCACCGGCGCGAACCCAGCGAACUGCCCUCCCAUGAACGUCCCCUUCACCUUCACGAACACCUAUUCCGUCGUCGCGACCCCCGAUCAGGUCGUCAACGGCACGACGCCCACCGGCGGCCUCCCGGGCUCCUCGGGCCUCUACCUCCUCGGUCUCAACACCGACACGAACACCAUCUGCUACAACAUCACCAUCUACAACUUCCGCGGCGAGUACCAGUCCCUCGCCAUCACGGCGACCCAUCUCCACGAGGCGGCCCGUGGCGCUUCGGGCCCACCCAGGAUCGCGUUCCCCAACCCGGUCGCCACUUCUGACCCGAACGUCAGGAACACUGUCGGCUGCCAGACCGGGCCAUUCAGGACGGGCGUCAUGCCCGGCGGUGUUGAUACUGGUGCUGCUUUCCAUGUCAGGCAGAUCGUGGCGAACCCGGCUGGCUUCUUCUGCGACGCACAUUCGAGCUUGGCUGUGCCGGGUGCUUUCAGGGGCCAGAUUGCUUGA